AUGCUAGCUAAUAGACAAGACAAAUUAGAAAGAGCAGUUGCUAAAAGAGAGCAAGAAUUUUUAGCUAUAACAGCUUAUGAUACUGUAAUUCAAACAGAUGCAGAGCAGGUUGCUAUACAACCUUGCGAAUCAUUUGGCUCUAUAUCUACUAAUAUUCAACAUACUUCUGAUG